CUCGAAGGAGUGACCCGCGCUCAGGCCUGUGGUUUGGGUCUGGGCCUGGGCCUCAGGGUUGGCGUUCGGUGCCGGAUCGGCCGGGGAGCUGAAACCCACAUCAGGGCAAACGGGUUACGUUGCCCCCCGCUCCCGCGUGUCAGUGACCGCCACGGGACCGUCACCCCUGCUACGGACAGCUCGCUUCCCAGAGGGGAAAAGUCGUUCUUCUGGCGACAACCACCCGGCAUGCUUGUUCUGCUGGGUGGCUCGACUUUCCCUUUUUAUGCUGAGCACAAAUAAGCUGACAUCGGUAUCCGUAACAGGUACCGUCACCUGUUGGCACUGCUGGAGCAGGCACUCGUGCUCACUGUAGAAAUACUUCUUGUACGGCUGUUUUAGCACCACGUGGGGACCUUCAGCGGCUGAGGGGACAAUACACCUGUUCCGCAAAUCACAGAGAUCAUUGGUUGGAAAGUUAACACAUGAGUUUAGGCUGGUUGCAGCAGAUAGGAGGUCCUGGAAGAUCUUGCUGUUUGGUGCUAUAAAUUUAAUAUGUAUUGGCUUCCUGCUAAUGUGGUGCAGCUCUACAAACAGCAUAGCUUUAACUGCUUACACGUAUUUGACAAUCUUUGACCUUUUCAGUUUGGUAACAUGUCUAAUAAGCUACUGGGUAAUGAUGAAGAAACCUAGCCCAGUCUACUCAUUUGGGUUUGAAAGGUUUGAAGUUCUAGCUGUAUUUGCAUCUACAGUUCUGGCACAGCUUGGUGCUCUUUUUAUACUGAAAGAAAGUGCAGAGCGGUUUCUGGAACAACCUGAGAUACACACAGGGCGACUGCUGGUUGGUACUUUCGUGGCUCUCUUUUUCAACUUAUUUACAAUGCUUUCCAUUAGGAAUAAGCCUUUUGCUUAUGUCUCUGAAGCUGCCAGCACAAGUUGGCUUCAGGAGCAUGUUGCAGAUCUUAGUAGAAGUAUUUGUGGAAUCAUCCCAGGAUUGAGUAGCAUCUUUCUGCCACGAAUGAACCCUUUUGUCUUGAUUGAUAUUGCUGGAGCUCUAGCUCUUUGCAUUACAUAUAUGCUCAUUGAAAUCAACAAUUAUUUCGCUGUAGACACAGCCUCUGCUAUAGCAAUUGCUUUGAUGACAUUUGGUACCAUGUAUCCCAUGAGUGUUUACAGUGGGAAAGUACUACUCCAGACAACCCCACCUCAUGUGAUUGGCCAGUUAGAUAAACUUCUUAGAGAGGUUUCAACUUUGGAUGGUGUCUUAGAAGUUCGAAAUGAGCAUUUCUGGACAUUAGGUUUUGGCACUUUGGCUGGAUCAGUACAUGUCCGAAUUCGGAGAGAUGCAAAUGAACAAAUGGUACUUGCCCAUGUCACUAACAGAUUAUACACAUUGGUCUCUACCUUGACUGUUCAGAUUUUCAAAGAUGACUGGAUCAGACCUACCUUAUCAUCUGUGCCUAUUGCAAACAAUAUUCUGAACCUUUCGGAUCAUCAUGUUAUUCCAAUGCCAUCUUUGAAAGCUGCUGAUAAUUUGCACCCUGUUACAUCCACUCCAGCUAAGCCCAGCAGCCCACCGCCAGAAUUUUCUUUUAAUACACCAGGCAAAAACGUGAGUCCAGUCAUCCUUUUAAACACUCAAACAAGGCCCUAUGGAUUGGGCUUUAAUCAUGGAUCCACACCCUACAGCACUGUACUCAAUCAAGGAUUUGGAAUACCGGGAAUGGGAGCAACUCAAGGAUUCAGAACUGGUUUUACAAAUGUCCCAAGCAGAUAUGGAACAAAUGCUCGUGGUCAGCCCCGACCAUAAUAAACAGCAUUAUUUAUUGUA